UGUCGAUGAGAUGGAACGGAGAAAGGAAAAGAUUAUGCUGCUUUCGCUGCAGCGACGGCAGCAGGCCGAGGAAGCCAAAGCACGCAAGGAAAUUGAUGCCAUGCAGCGAAGAGAAAAGGAACGGGAAAAGGAGGAGGAACGUGCACGGAAAAAGGAAGAACAGUUUGCCCGGCGACAGGCUAUCCUGGAGGCCCACAAACUCAAAAAGGCCAUCGAAGAAGCAGAGAGAGAGGGUAAAACCAUCGAUCGGGAGCUGCUCAUCAAACACCAGCAACAUCAAGCACUGUUGCAUCAGUCUCCAGCCGCACAAAUGCACCAAACUUCCACACCAGCAGCCAAAAUGCGACCACAGAAGCUCAACCGACCGAGGCCCAAAACGAUACACGUCGAGACGGGUUCGAUUGAUCUGAGCGAAACUUCCAGCCUCAGUAGUCGAGGCAAAAAGGGGUCCAACUCCAAUUUGACCGGAAUCGGCCUGCAAAGCUCAAACUCUAUGCGUCGAGAUUACUACAGAGGGUCACAGGAUUCGUUAGCUAUUAGAGAAUCACCGGAUGAAUAUCCUAGUAGCAGCUCAACACCGAUAGGGCGAAGAGGCUCGUACAAAACUGGAAGAGAACCAGCGACGAUCGAACGAGGUCGUACCUUAUCACGUAUCUCGCUAGCGAAAGGUGCCAAUUUCCGGGGACGUAAAUCCAACUCCCUGAUGAAUCUAUGCGAUUCCGACUCCGGCCUGGGACGUGCGACGCCCCCGAGACGCGCUCCGUCGCCAGGCAUGGGACCCUCGAGUCGGCACCUACCGUCUCCCUCUGGUCCCGGUUCGUUGCCACCCGGACUGAUAACCAAACGUCGGGGUUUCGAUGAUGGAUCCAGCGACAUUUCCUCCACCGCCAGUUCAAUGAUGGACUACAACGGUCCAAAGAUUUAUAAACAACCUGCCACUAAGUCGAACCGAGGUAUCAUCUUGAAUGCCGUCGAAUACUGUGUCUUCCCGGGGGCGGUGAAUCGUGAGGCGAAACAAAAAGUGCUGGAAAAGAUAGCCCGAUCCGAGGCGAAACACUUCCUGGUGCUGUUUCGCGAUGCGGGCUGUCAGUUUCGUGCACUGUAUGGUUACUGGCCGGAAAAUGAGCAAAUCAUCAAACUGUACGGCACCGGGCCGAGCCAGGUGGACGAUGUGAUGUUCGAUAAGUUUUUCAAAUACAACUCCGGCGGCAAAUGCUUCGCACAAGUGCACACCAAGCACCUGACUGUGACGAUCGACGCUUUCACGAUACACAACUCACUGUGGCAAGGUAAGAAGGCGAAUCUGCCGAGCAAAAAGGAUAUGGCGCUAGUGAUUUGAGGCGGCAACCGGUGACGAUAGUCAGCGCCAACUGCGAAUGGUGGUAACGAUAACAGUUAUAACAGUGCGUGAAACUAACCGCUAACUCCUCGUCUACUCCUCCUCUCCUGCGUUGCCGGCAAGGUAGGUGGAUUCAAUGUGUUCCUUCGGGGAACCACCUCGCGCACAGGAUAAGCCGAAAUGUUUUGGAUUUGGACUGUAGUUACGCAAUACAACUACGAUUGAUCGUUACGAUUAUGUACACUGUGUCAAAGCUAACAAGUUGCUAGCAACAACCAUCAGGAAAGGGAUAGUAUUUUCGCUUAGUGUUGUUUUGUCGCGUUUUAUUUGAGAACAACUAAAACGAAUUGAGUAGAUAUUGUAGGUCCUGCACAAACCCAGGAGCAACAAGUAAAACCGGAAAGUAAGAAUAAAAUGCUCGCUUUGCAAUAUGCGAUUUGAUAUUUCACGCUGGCGGCAACAGGAUUAAAUGCCCUUUGAAAGUCUUGUCUAUAUUUAUUUAACACAAAUUGUUACGACCCCAAUCGCGUAUCUUACCGCGUAUUUUUCACAUUGAUUAAACACAUGUUUAUUUGUAAAAAAAAUAGUUUCUUUCGAAUCCCUUCGAAUGUAGUACCAAACUCCAAACAAUUUAUGCAUGCUUAUUCAGAAAUCCGAUAGACAACUGUAAAUAGUUAUAAAUAUAAAUUAGUUAGUGCUCUCUUCCUUGAGUUUAUACAGUGAAAAUCUAGGUCAAGCCUAUUAAAAACACACUUCUAAAAAUUUUAUAAAAUAUUGACAGAAUAAAAGAACCAUUUGAUCGUUAUCCGUUGCAAACAGGACGGGAAAUAUAUGUUUCCAGGUCUUCAACAACAUUUUCCGGUUUUAGAAUAAAUAAUGCCUUGAACUUAUCCCCUCCUGA